CAGGAGAUAUACGCCACGCUGACAUCUUCCCACCUGACACAAACUAUGCGUUGUUCCCGGGCACUAUUGGUCGCUGGGCUGGCUAUUGUCCUCGUGUCCGAGAUUCAGAGGACACACGCGGCCAGGACGAGGACGGCGCAGCCAGUGGAGCAGGCCCUCGCCGAUCCCGGACACCCGGAUUUCUCAGCCACGAUGUGCGCCGCAAUGAUGGAGUUUAACUGCAGUCAGCACGUCGUCACAAAGCACGAGAUAUUGUGUGGCACCGACCACGUCACCUACCCCGACUAUUGCGUGUUUGCCAAAGCAAGAUGUCAAUCAUCAUCUACCAUUAGAAUGGAUCACAAAGGACCGUGUAUCGUCACGCCAUCUCCAGCCAGUCACAUGACCACCAUUCCUCCAAACACCGUCACCUGGGGCCACGACCCGGCCUUUGACCUAAUCAAGGACGUUUUCUGUACCAACAUCAACCUCAUCAUCUGCGGGAACAACGUAGACUCCGACAUCUGUGCUACCGACGGGAAGGUGUACACGAACCAGUGCCUCUUUGCCAAAGUGAAAUGUUUCAAGCCAGGCCUGGAGCCAACCAACCCCGCGAAGUGUCACGAGAAUGGCCUCCCCUUGAAGUCAACACCAAACCCUUUUCUGGUGGGAUAAAUUCACACCCGAUGUAUCAAAUUAAAAGUUUCAAAUGUCAAUAAACCUGUUGUAAAGUGAA